CCCCACUCCGGUUUCAUGGAGCCUCAGCCCAGCUGCGUGGUGGUGACCGGGUUCGGGCCCUUCCGGCAGCACCUGGUGAAUUCCAGCUGGGAAGCAGUGAAGGAGCUCUCCAAGCUGGGCCUGGGGAGGGACGCGGAGGUGGAGCUGCAGACGCUUCAGCUGCCGGUGGAUUACAGGGAGGUGAAGCGGAGGGUCACCAGGAUCUGGGAAGACCUGCAACCGCAACUCGCCGUGCACGUGGGCGUGGACGGCGCCGCCAGGGCCGUGGUGCUCGAGCAGCGCGGCCGGAACCGCUGCUAUCGCGAGACCGACGUGCGUGGCUUCCGGCCCGAGCGCGGCGGCGCGUGCGUCCCCGGCGGCCCGGAAGUGAUUGAGUCGCGGGUCAACAUGAAGGCGGUCAGCAGGCGCGCGGCGGUGGAGGGCGUGGAGGUGCUGGUUUCCCGCGACGCGGGCAGAUACGUGUGCGAUUACACCUACUACCUGUCUCUGCAUCUCGGGGAUGGGCGUGCGGCGCUCAUCCACGUGCCCCCGCUGUCUCCGGGGCUCCCCGCCAGCCUGCUGGGAAAGGCCCUGCAAGUCAUCAUCCGGGAGAUGCUGGAGGAGGAGCUGUUGCAGAGAUGCAGUGAGAGACUGGAGGCGGUGGUCCCUCAGUGAUGGGAGGCCACCAGGUUGCUGCUGGACCCGCGGGGAUAAGAAGAGAAUCGGCCCAGCUGGACCCGAGGUCUUAGGAAGUGGCCCGGUGGGGACAGAUCUUCUGAAGACCCAGCGCCUUCCCAGCAGCCCCGGAGGCAGCAGGAACCCACCGGGGACGUGGGAGAGGCGCGCCGGCCGCCUGUGUCCCCCCUGCCCACAGCCCAGGCAUCCCCGUAGCCUUGGAAACGAGCCUGCCUUCAUCAUUGGCCAUCUAGUAACGCCAAUGGUGAGCAAAAUCCCAGGGACACCACCAAGCUUGAGUGUUUUAUUUUUUUGUUGAUCCUCUCCCAUAGGUAUUUUCCCAUUGAUUUUUAAAGAGAAUGGAAGGGAGGAGAGAGAGAAACAUCGAGGUGAAAGACACACAUUGAUG